AUGUCUGGAAGUGCUAUCUGGUUCGCGUGGCUUUUUCUAAUUAUGCUGCUUACAAUAAUAUAUCGGUCUACGGGAGAGUCGUCACAGCUGAUAGUAUGCAGUCAGCCGAAUAAUUUCACGGUCCAAAUAACGGAAAAUAAGCAUGUUGUCUACGACAUCGAAUUAUUAAUCAGAUACAAUCCAUACGUCGGAAUUUUCUCUUACCCCGAAACGGAGCUGGUGAAUGUCGUUUUCAACGAAUCCAUUAUAGAAUUCAAAGGAUAUAUAUUACCUGAAUAUGCGGUGACCCGAUCAGAUCUCUCACUUGAAAGACUUUCUUGGAAUGCCAGUGGUAUCAUUUUAGGAAUCGGCACACUCGAAAAACUAAGCAGCGAGAAUUAUGCAGUUCGAAAAUGUCGCUUAUUUUUGCCGACAAAUAUCAAAAGCAGCGCUAAUCUACCGAAGUCUGUGGAAGAUGCAAUCAUUUAUUAUGCCCAAUCUUGUGUCAGAGAACGUCUUUGUCAGCGAAUAGGAAUAAUAAAGACAGAGGAACUUCAAAAUAUCAAUAAAUAUAAUAAAUAUGAAUAUAAUCUACCUUAUACUUUUCGUCCUGAUAAUUCAAGGAUUGAUUUAAGCGUAAACGUGCCCGUGGACAUCGCUCUUAAAAAAAUAAUCGAUUACAUUAAGGACAACGGCAAAUCCAUAAUUAAAAUUCCUGACGUAAAGGAAACAAUUAACAUAGGAUUGGGAGUAAAAUGUCAUUUUCAAACAGAUAAUGGAACUUUUCAGGAUCUCUCGACUCUGAAAAGAACGGAAGAUGCAAUUAUGUCCAACAUAGCGCAAACGUAUGUUAUACGAUUUGGUUUUGGACUUUCUACAGCCAAAUUUAACUAUAAUAAAUAUAAGCUUAAAGUUGGCUUUGUAACGGUUAGCGGCAAGCUAUUGGGAAGCAUUGAAAGAUUAUCAGUAGCAGCAAAACUAGUGAUUGACUAUGAUAAAACGUGCGACGUGAAUUUGAAGUACAUCAAAGUGACAGAAUUUGGUAAAAUCGAUUUGAAAAUGAGCUUAGGUUUACUCAAUACUUUUACAUCCAACAUAUUAACUUGGUUGACGACAAUGUGGAAAAACAAAAUUAUUAAAGUCAUUGAAUAUAAUGUGAGAGAUAUUGUCGAGGAACAACUACGCAAAUAUAUUUGUGAAAGUAACAAAAAUGAGAGAGAAGUUAUACCUCUCUUUUAAAAUAUUUCUUUCAAUUAGAAUCAUUAUAAUUAAGAUAAAUGCUUCAAUACGUAUGUGAUAUGUAUAGUUUAAGAAUUAAGAUAAGAAAUUAAGAAUCAAGAUAAUGCUUCAAUAAGUAUGUGAUAUGUAUGGUUUAAGAAAAAUUUUUGGAAAGUGUAGAAGCUUAAACUUGAUCUGUACUUCUAUUUAUAUACGAAUACAGAUUAUUAUUGUGUCAAGAAUUUUUGACAAUCAUAAAAAAUAUCAAAUAAUAAAA